AUGUCUGCCAAUUUUGGCUCAUUUCUUUGCGGCCAACAGCGCUCGGCCAGCCGGCCUAUCGACCGAAGCUCAGACGCCACACGCUUCAUUCGAUCGAUCCGAACCCUCCUCGCGCCUACAGGACUGAAUAGUGGAGUAUUCUCGCAGUCAUGUUCGCGGUCGAUGCAACAAGAAAGAUCAACUGUCAGCUCCUUUCGCAUUCAACUGCUUCGUUCACGCUAUUCUUCCGAGCUCGACAAGCGAUGGCCCCUUCAAGAUGGCUUCAGGAGGGAUUUCUGGCUUUGUCCAAGUUGGUGUCUCUGCUGGCUGGCAAAAUCGCAAGCGGUGCUUACAUUUCGGCUACAGGAAAAGAGCCGCUGUUCGAUCGUCCAGCCUCGCCUCCAAGACCGAAAAGCCGCCUCAACGAUAGCGCGCUGUCAUGGCAACAUGAACGUGAGGCUUGAUGAUUGGGCGACAGGAGACGACGGGAAAUCCCCUAUCAGGCGGGUUGCCUGGCCGACGUGA